AUGACGAGCGCAUCGGAGCUAUUCUACAAUCGGAGAUCUCGAUUCGGACGGAGUUCGGAUCCGUUUGACGACGGGUCGGAUAUCGGCUCCCAACCGCAUAUCGACCGGACCAAUCGCCGCCACCGCCACCUCAACGGUCCCGGAGGCAGCCACGCUCGCCGAGACCGGAUCGAUCCGGAGGGUUGCGAUCCGCUGCGGCGCGCGCAUCAUCACCCCAGGCAACCGCCGCUACACCGUCCUCCUCAUCCGCCUCAAGAACGUGAGUCGAUUCGACUUGAAAACAGUCAUCAAUUUUCCUCUGGAAAUGUAAACUAUUCAGGGAGUCACAUUAAUGUCCAAGAUAGGCUAAGGGUCAGUGCUAAUGACAGGCUUCCUGGAGCUGUGCUUCUUGCUAGAGAAAGGCUAUUGCAAAGGUUAAGAGGUGUGACUCUCUCUAGUGCCAGGCGGAAUAACAGAAACUCAUCCGUUACUAGCAGCCGCCCCAAUUCCAAUCCAAUACGAGACGAUUUCAGUCUCGUCGACUCUGCCGAAUGGGAAACGGAAAUAUCUCGAGAAUGGCUUUCCACAUUCGCCUCUUUACCCGAUUCCGCUGGUCACCCAAAGACCAAACGGCCUCCGGGCCUCACUCAAAUGGCACUAAAUCGUUUAUGUAUUGAGAUAUUCUCUACUGCCCAUGAAAAAAGCUCCGAACUGGGCCUCCCAAGGAAUAUUGUGGAAUGCAGUAUAUGCCUCGAGAGUUUUUCCCAGGGAGAUAAGCUGGCUCGUUUGCCGUGCGGGCACAGGUACCAUUUUCGUUGCUUGGAGCCCUGGGUACGGACUUGUGGGGACUGCCCGUAUUGCCGUAGGGGUAUCGAUGUAAAUUCACACGAAGGGGAGAAGAAAUCUUGA